AUGUGGCUCAUUGAAGUGGUUUCGAUCUUUGUUCUGUCUUUAUUUGGGCUAGGCGAUAAUUCUCAAAACCGUGAAAAUGAGUCAAAUGAAUAUAGGUUUGACGCUUCAUCAAAUCAUUUGGAUAUAUUAUCCAAAUUGUGUGCUGUUCGCACUGCGAAGAACACCACAGAAAUCAAAGUGAAGUUGCUGUCCUUUGACAAUACACAAUUUACUCUUCCUAAAGACACAACGAUCAAAAGCGAUAAAUUGGUUCUAGCCAAUGCAACAAUUAAACUUAGUGAUUACUUGGGAGGGACUUCUGUGAGGUCACUCAAUAGCAACAUCACUAUAAUAGGCCGUGGACUUUUACAAUCAGACACGACAUCCUCAUUAACAGGGGGGUUACUAAUUAUGUCGGAUAGUGCAAAAGUAACUGCAAAGCAAACGAACGACCUUCAAAGUGUUGAUAUCAAUAUGACGGAUGCCUCUUCGAUUCAGUCCCAAACACAGACCGUCUUGUCUGAUUGUCGAGCUUUGAUAUUUGAGUAUGGAAGUGUCCGUUCUGAGGACACUUUAUUGAUAACGAAUGGUACAAUUAUAACCAUGGAAAUAGGGGGGUACAUGACAUCUUCAAACUUCUUAAAAGUGGUUGACGAGAAUACGAUCAUCCAUUUGAGGGAUAACACAAGUGUCAAUUCGAACAAUUUUGUUGUCUAUAAUUCCGCUGUUCUAACAUUCACGGACUUUGCAAAACUUCGUGUAAACAAUGGAGUGAAUGUCAACAGUAAAGGGAGAAUUACAGUGAACAAAGCGGGGGUUUUAAAAACGGGGAGUUUUGAAUUGAAAAACAAUGGCGUUUUAAGUCUUAUCACCAACAACUCGCAAUUUUCAUUGAAAACAAAUUCGUUCAGUUGCGUCAACGCAGAAAUGAACUUUGGAGACUUUGGAAGCAUUUUGACUGCAUUGACCAUUUUGAAUAAAUGCAAAAUAACAGUGAAAAAUAGGAGCGUGCGAAAUGUCCCGUUGAUGGUUGCCGGGUAUACCACGUUAUUCGACUUUUCUCUCAGUUACACCGAGUCGUUCGACUUUGCAGUAUUCCCAACAGCAACUCUGAUCGACGAAAACAAACUCCCUGAAGGGUACCAUGUGUUACAGAAUAACGCGUUGCUGAGAUUUGGUGAAUCAAAACUGUUCUUCUGUCAUUUGAAUGAAACGAAUGAUGUGUACAACGCCUAUGUAGAGCCUUAUUGUCCAUGCAGUGGACGGAAUUGCUUUGUGACUCCUUUAGAAAAUUUGACACACAUUGUUUUGGGGUUUGAAACUUCCAGUCAAAUGAAGUAUUCGAAAAUGGACAGCGACACAGCCAUUGAAGAAAAGGACGUUGUCGAGGUCAAUGGUGUACUUUGCUCAUUGGCCCUUGUCAAGUUGAUCACAAUCAAAAUCAAUUCAUACAAAAUUGCUGAUGUCAAAGUCCAUAACUUGGAGAAAACAGUGCUGGUCAUCUCUAACAAUGGAUUUUCUUUCAACGGCUCUCAAUGCUCUUUUGGUGUCUUUGUGAAUAGUUCUUUCAGUUGUUUAGGACCACUUACAAUCUGUUACGAAGGCAAUUACAACAUAACUGAGCGGAAGUGUGAAAAGUGCAUUUCAGAGCAAUGCCUGAAGUGUGACAACAGUUACGAAGAAAGUUGUUUAAGGUGUAAAAAUGGGUAUAUUUUAAAAGACAACAUUUGUGUUGAAAAACCUGUUGGGUGUCUGUUCACUGAUGGGCUCAGUUGUUUAAAGUGUGAAGACAAAUACGAACUGAGUAAUGGGAGAUGUGUAAUCCCCGAGGAUUCUUGUCACCUUAAAUAUAACAAAGAAUGUCUGAUCUGUACACAGAAAUAA